GGGAGCAAGUGACGAAGGUCGUCAUGAAAUUGGCCCAAAGGCUCACGACGAGCCAUGAUUUUGCCUUCGUGCAAAGAGGGCGGGAGGUUUCUGAGAAAGGGGCCUAUGGAGAUCAGUACUGUAGUGAAUGUACUUUUAAUUGUUCAAAGCAGAUUGGAUGUCGCAGAAUUGCGCUCCCUUCUGCUUCAAUAGCAGCUUGACUUAGGUCUCACUUGGGAAAAUGAAAAGACACUAUGGUGAGGUUCAUGCAAACCAAUAUUCCAAGAAAUCCUGCAUUGGACCCAAGAGUUGGAGAUCAUGCCACGCACAGACAGAUCGCACCGAUUUUCCCAGCUCUGCCGAGAUCUUCUCGGCCAGGAAGCCCUGGCGCUACAACUACCGCUCGUCCUCACGUUCCCAUUUCACCGGCAUCGAGGACGAUUUGACCGAUGCCUUUGUCGACGCUGAGUUCCCGCAUGAAACGGCCAGUAUUGGCGAAUCAUCCACCAGCUUCAAAUGUGGGACUGCAGAUACUUGGGUUCGAGCGCGGAUGCUGGGAGACCCUGCAGAGUGUUGUCUCUUUGAGGAGGUUCGACCACAAGAUGUGAAGCAAGGAAGCCUGGGAGAUUGCUGGCUCAUGAGCGCCUUGAGCUGUUUGGCUGACCACCCACAGAAGCUGAAGAGUCUUUUCUCCACGAAGCACAUCACCAAGGAUGGCAAGUAUGACGUGUAUUUGUGGGAUCUUGAGAAAGAGGAGUGGGUGGCAGUGACCAUUGACGAGUUCCUGCCAUGCAACAUCAGUUGUGGACAGCCGAUGCCAGCGUUUGCGAAACCUCUUGGUGAAGAGAUUUGGGUCCCCUUGCUGGAGAAAGCCUUCGCCAAGUUCUGCGGAACUUAUGGCACACUUUCAGGUGGAGGAGUGGCUUGGGCUUUUCAGGUGCUCACAGGGAAGUCGGAUGUGGUCUCGUACACGCGGCAAAAGGACACGACGUGGCGGCGCCGCCACACACACCGGAAGAAUCAGCUGAAGCGAGGAGCUCGGAACCCUCGAGCCUCCAGUUGGACGUGGAAAAGUAAAGCUCCCACCAUCGACAAGGAGAAGCUCUUUGGAGUGCUACAAGGCCACUGCGCAGACAAGCACGUGCUGGGCUGCAGCAUUGCUGGAAAUUCGAGCGGUGCUGAGGAGGCAAAGGGCAAUGGCUUGUACACCAAGCAUGUCUAUUCCUUAUUGAAGGUCCUGGAUGAGCAGACGGAUGAUGGCACGCCGGUGAAGCUGGUGAAGUUGCGAAAUCCCUGGGGCUACAAGGAGUGGAAGGGCGAUUGGGCCGAUCAAUGCGAUGGAGAGGAGAGCAAGUGGAAGGAGAACCCCCAGCUGGCAGAGCGGCUGUCGAACACCAAAAAGAAUGAUGGAUGCUUUUUCAUGUCCUUCGACGACUGGGCGGCUGCCUUCACCUGCGUGAGCCUUUGUCCCGUGGGCGUGGCGCCCGUGCCGCCCGCGGAGGAAGAUCCAGAAGAUGAGGAUGUGGCGGAGGAUGGCAAGUCCGAUUCGGAGGAGGAGUUCAUUGAAGACGAGCCGCCGGCACCUAAGCCCGUGCAAUUUUAA